ACGGGCGGAAGUUGCGCGGCGCAGUGUGUGCGCAGGCUGGCACGGCUAAGGACAGGAGUCACCAGGCUGCUCACAUUAAAACAAAAAAACAAAAAACAACACCCUUGGCGUCCAACAAACGACCAUUACAUCGGAAUAUGGAUGACGACGUGUUGACGACUCUGAAACUGUUGAUAAUAGGCGAGAGCGGAGUGGGGAAGUCCAGUCUUCUCCUGAGAUUCACCGAGGACACUUUCGACCCAGAACAGUCUGCUACAAUAGGUGUGGAUUUCAAAGUGAAGACACUAUCUAUUGAUGGGAACAAAGCCAAACUCGCCAUAUGGGACACAGCUGGUCAGGAAAGGUUUCGCACGUUAACACCCAGCUACUAUCGGGGCGCGCAGGGUGUCAUACUUGUAUACGAUGUUACCAAGCGGGACACCUUCACCAAGCUGGAAAACUGGCUGAACGAACUGGAAACCUACACAACUCGCAAUGAUAUCGUCAAGAUGCUCGUUGGGAACAAGAUCGAUCGGGAUGACCAUGAAGUGGACCGCAACGAAGGCCUGAAGUUCGCAAGAAAACACUCCAUGCUUUUUAUCGAGGCAAGCGCGAAGACCAAAGACGGCGUCCAGUGUGCCUUCGAGGAGCUCGUGGAGAAGAUCCUCCAGACCCCGGGCCUUUGGGAGAGCGAGACCCAGGGACAGAAACUGCGCCUGGGCAACCAGGAGCAAGGCGGCGGCCGGGCCUGCGGAGGGUACUGCUCCAUACCUUGAAAGCGGACACAAAAAAAAAAAAUAGCUGACAGACCAGAACCCGGAAAGGAGAGGAAUAAUGCGAGUGGUUAAAGACGCGACGGGGACGGGGACGGACUCCUUGCACACGACACUUCUUUCUGUUUAGUUGGUAGUUUGAACAUGAACGCCGGCGUGGAGCACGCACACAUCUUAUUCUGACAUGACUUCACUGCACACACAGUGUUGUUCAGUAAAGUAACAUGCACCAACCUUUUUCUUCCUGCCUUCUGCGGCCAUGCUUGCUUCAAAUGUAGCCGCGCUUAGUACGGGGGGGCCUUCCUUUCAACGCCAUGAAAAAACAUGGCGCGUACUCCGAAAUAAAACAUUUCACACUUUCUACUGUCAGAUGAGAUUAACCAUGACAUAAUUACGAACAUAAUGUUUUGAGGAAUAAUCUCUCCAUAAAUACACAGAAAACGUAAUUGUUACGGAACCAUACUUUCCAAGAGCCUUUAACAAUGCGUGCACCAAGGCUCUAUACUCGACUUCAAAAAAACAAAAAUGUAUUAAAAGAUUCCGCAUUCUAAAUAUGCUUCAUUACAUACUUGAGCGGUCUGUUUUCCAUUCGAUAUUUCCCAACCUACAGGACACAAUGCGUUUUCUUUAUUUUCAUGACUAUGGGCAUUUAUUUUGCCACGGGGGGGCCAAAUUUCAAGAAAAAAAAUGUGUAUUUUUUAGGAACACGAAUACAAAACCUCACAGUAAUGUCUGAUUGAAAGAUAAAAAUGUUAUGACGGACCACCUUAAAAGCUAAAUGGAAAUUACAUUUUUUUUUUUUACUGAAUGAGACACCCAGAAUGCGGGAUUUACAAUAUUUACUAUGAACGAUAAAAUAAUGAAUAUUGACAACAAACUGUAUGAACGUCAAUCGACAUGUUAUUAAACAGUGUUGUUCAGUAAAGUAACAUGCACCAACCAUUUUCUUCCUACCUUCUGCGGCCGUCCUUCCUUCAAAUGUAGCCGCGCUUAAUACGGGGGGCCUUCCUUUCAACGCCAUUAAAAAACACGGCGUGUACUCCGAAAUAAGACAUUUCAGAAUUUCUACUGUCAGAUGAGCUUACCAAUGACAUAAUUACUAACAGAAUGUUUUGAGGAAUAAUCUCACCAUAAUUACACAGAAAACAUCAACGUUACGGAACCAUACUUUCCAAUAGCCUUUAACAAUACGUGCACCAAUGCUCUAUACUCGACUUCAAAAAAACAAAAAUGUAUUAAACGAUUCCGCAUUUCAAAUAUGCUUCAUUACAUACCUGAGCGGUCUGUUUUCCAUUCGAUAUUUCCUAACCUACAGGACACACCUUCUCAUUCAAUGCGUUUUCUUUAUUUUCAUGACUAUGGGCAUUUAUUUUGCCACGGGGGGGCCAAAUUUCAAGAAAAAAAAGUGUAUUUUUUAGGAACACGAAUACAAAGCCUCACAAUAAUGUCUGAUUGAAAGAUAAAAAUGUUAUGACAGACCACCUUAAAAGCUAAAUGGAAAUUACAUUUUUUUUUUUACUGAAUGAGACACCCAGAAUGCGGGAUUUACAAUAUUUACUAUGAACGAUAAAAUAAUGAAUAUUGACAACAAACUGUAAGAACGUCAAUCGACAUGUUAUUAAACAGUGUUGUUCAGUAAAGUAA